CUUCCGCUGCUGCCUAGCAACAGAGGAAGCUUUUAGAUUUAUCCGUGCUUUCCGUCUUCUUUUAGCAUUUUAGCAUCUUGCUAAACCGACGUUCCUACCUUCCCCAGCAAUGGAGGUCACUAUGGAUCCUUUGUUUCUUGCGUGGAGUUAUUUCAGGAGGCGGAAAUUUCAGCAGUGUUCAGAAAUCUGUACAAAAAUAUUACAAGACAGUCCAUACGACCAGGACUCGUCCUUGUUUAUCUCAGAGGCUGCAUGGAGCUUAAAAACCAGCGCCUUUACAGAGAUGGUGUACGUCGAUGAGGUCGAUGUGGACCAGGAGGGGAUAGCUGAGAUGAUGCUGGACGAGAGCUCUAUUGCACAAGUUGCACGGCCAGGAACAUCUCUGAGACUCCCAAGCACUAGUCAGGGUGGAGGUCCCUCUCCAGCUGUCAGGCCCAUGACUCAGUCAGGACGCCCUAUAACGGGAUUUGUGAGGCCAAGCACGCAGUCAGGUCGUCCCGGUACGAUGGAGCAGGCAAUCAAAACCCCACGAACCACAAGCACCGCUCGUCCUGUCACUGGUUCUACUGGUAGAUUCAUUCGUUUGGGAACUGCUUCAAUGUUAACCAAUCCUGAAGGACCUUUCAUAAAUUUGUCCAGACUAAAUCUGGCCAAAUAUUCCCAAAAACCCAGUUUAUCCAGGACACUCUUUGAGUACAUCUUUCAUCAUGAAAAUGACAUAAAAAAUGUAAGUUUAGUCUUCAUCUUUGCUGCAAAGAAAAUUGAUUUGCAUUUCAUUAUGUGGCUGUUUGAUUUGGUGCAACUCUUUUCCUUGCAGGCUUUAGAUUUGGCUGCUCAAGCUACUGAACAUGCACAGUUCAAAGACUGGUGGUGGAAGGUCCAGCUGGGAAAAUGUUACUACAGGCUUGGUUUGUACAGAGAAGCAGAGAAACAGUUCCGAUCAGCUCUCAACCACCAAGAGAUGGUAGACACAUACCUCUAUCUUGCAAAGGUUUAUCAGCGCCUGGAUCAACCAAUAACUUCCCUGAACCUUUUCAAGCAAGGCCUGGACCACUUUCCUGGUGAGGUCACUCUUCUAACAGGAAUCGCUCGCAUCCACGAGGAAAUGAACAACAUCUCUUCAGCCACAGAGUACUACAAAGAAGUCCUGAAGCAGGACAACACACACGUGGAAGCUAUAGCCUGCAUAGGCAGCAAUCACUUCUAUACUGAUCAGCCCGAGAUCGCCCUGCGCUUCUACAGACGGCUGCUCCAGAUGGGAGUGUAUAACUGCCAGCUGUACAACAACCUGGGCCUGUGCUGCUUCUACGCCCAGCAGUACGACAUGACGCUGUCCUCGUUUGAGAGGUCUCUAUCUCUGGUGUCGAGUGACGAAGAGCAGGCAGAUGUCUGGUACAACAUUGGACAUGUUGCCAUGGGUAUUGGAGAGCUGACGCUGGCGUAUCAGUGUUUUAAACUGACCCUGACUUUCAAUAAUGACCAUGCUGAGGCCUACAACAACCUAGCGGUGCUGGAGCUGCGCAAAGGUCACAUCGAACAGUCUAAAGCCUUCCUGCAAACAGCCGCAUCUCUGGCGCCACACAUGUACGAGCCUCACUUCAACCUCUCCAUCCUCUGUGAAAAGAUUGGAGACCUUCAGAGCAGCUACACCGCAGCUCAACGCUCUGAAGAUGCUUUUCCGGAGCAUGUUGACACCCAGCAGCUUCUGAAGCAGCUCCGGCAGCACUUUGCUGUGCUGUGAAUGUUAGACGCCAUCAAGCAUCUAUUGCAAACACAGUGGUGGCAGGUUAGUCAAGCUUGAAGAUCCACAAAAGGACAUUAGAUCCCUUUAAGGUUAAGACAAAAAAGGGCUUCUCCCUUUUUGUGAAGCUGUUUUAACCCUCAUCUGAUGAGAUUUAUCACUUCAAAGAUCUUCAGCGAAGGAGAAUUUGUUUUUAUUUGUAAUUAAAACUGUUACUCUAAACAAAAACAGUAAAACUUUACCUGUUAGUUUACUGUGACUUGCUGGAAAUGUGACUGAUGGUCUUCAUCUGUUAACGUUACAAAUCCACAAGCUCUGAUGUAGUCUGGAGAAUCGUAAUCGGUAUCAGUAGGUUUGGGAAAUUUAAUCAACUCUUUGUUGACUUUUAAACAUCUUUGGUGAAAAGGCCAGGAUUUAAUGAAAAUAUACAAGUCCAGAGUUUCAGUUUACAUAAUAUUUAUUGUUCUUAUGAGGAUAAAUGUCUUAGAAAUGAGUUCUAGUGAACUUUACAGGAUGUAAACUCAAAAAUGUUUUCUGUACAGUUCUGAGAAUAAAAUAGCAAAUUACAACUA